AUGCGCGAGUUGCUGCAGCAAAACGAGAAGAUAGUGUUGGCGCUACGAGACAUGAGUUUGAACCCAGACGUCCUCGAAUCUCAAUUGGGUGACCACGAGCUGCGAGGGUUUUAUCAGAAGUUAAUUGACUUCUUACAGUCAAAGAAAAAAGACACAGGAUAUAGUGCGAGCUCUCCUAGCCACACGACAAAUGAUCAGCCUCAGCGAUCUCUGGAUGAGCAAGUACUCGCUGCUGCUUCACUUGAGAAUGGCGCGUUGUGGAUGCGACUUGUGGAUGAAGCAAGAUGGACAGCUUACCGUGAUGCGUUGAUAGAUGACGAGGAUCCAGAGCUGCUACUUUUUCAUACAGAAGAGGAGGAUUCCAACAGAGCGAGCGCCUUGGAAGCUAUCACCGACUUAGUUCAGCCGCCUGCAUCUGAUGAAAAAGAGGUGUUGGAGGUUUACAGCUCUGCUGGAGCCAGUGACGAAGAUGCCGAGAUGCUGAUAUUACUUUCGAGCGUUCACUUUGGGCCGUCACUGAUGAUCGCCAUGAACCAAGGCUCAUACUACGUGCAGGCGUUGCAGGACCCGAUUUUAAUGACCAGCAUGCAGCAGGUACGGCUGGUGCAAGCGCUGCUCAUAACCAACCCAAAGGACUUUGCGAUAACGGCAACACUUCAAGAGCCUGUAGUGCGGGAGUUUUUCCUAAAGCUGAUUGCGCUCUCCUUUGCGGUGCAAGAACAGAGUGACGAAGAGUGA